AUGGCAGACCUUGUGAUGGGGGCGAUGAGCUGCCUCGUCCCCAAGCUCGGCGAGCUGCUGAAGGCGGAGUACAACCUGCAGGCCGGCGUGAAGGAGCAGGUCAGGUCCCUCUACCUCGAGCUCGAGGGUGCUCAAGCCGCGCUCCGCAAGGUGGGCCAGGUGCCGUGGGACCAGCUCGACGAGCAGGUCAAGCUCUGGUCACGCGACAUCAGGGAGGCGUCCUACGACAUGGACGACAUCCUUGACACCUUCCUUGUGCGUGUCCGGGGCUGUGAUUCUACCGGGGAGAAGGGCUUCCUCAAACGCCAAGUGCAGAAAAUGUCCAAGUUGCUCACAAAGAGCAAGGCACGCCGCGAGAUCAGCGUCGCCAUCCAUCACAUCAUGAGACAUGUCCAGGAGGUGACGGCACGGCGUGGAAGGUUCAAGGUCGACGAUAUUGCGGCCAGGCCAGCCACUGCAUCGACCGUUGAUCCUCGUCUUGCGGCCAUGUACACACAAGUGAACAAGCUUGUUGGGAUCGACAAUUCAAGCAGUGGGCUCAUGUCCAUGCUGCGGGACGAUGUGUCCAAUUGCAAGAUGAAGACAGUAUCCGUUUUUGGACCUGGUGGGUUAGGCAAGACCACUCUUGCAAGGGCUGUCUAUGACAAGCUUAUAGGCGAUUAUGAUUGCGGGGCUUUUGUUUCUGUUGGCCGUACGCCUGACUUGAAGAAAGUUAUCCAGGGGAUUCUUAUCAAACUUAACAAGCAAAGAUACAUGCAUUUCAAUUUUGCACUGUUGCAUGAAAUAAGUCAAUUCAUCGAUGAACUACGAGAGUUCUUGCUUGAACACAAGAGGUAUUUUAUUGUUAUUGAUGACAUAUGGGAGGCACAGUCUUGGGACACAAUCAAACUGGCUAUUGAUACCGACAAUAGUUGUGGAGGUAGAAUAAUCAUAACUACUCGUAAAUUGGACGUUGCUGCAAAAGCUGGUGAAGUUUACAAGCUACAACCACUUCCCUAUGAUAACUCUAGAAACUUAUUCUUUACAAGAAUAUAUGGUCAUGAAGGAAAUUGUGUUGAAAAUGAGCCAGAUCAUAUAUCUGAUAAAAUUCUAAGAAAAUGUGAUGGUAUUCCAUUAGCUAUUAUCACAAUGGCUAGUUUAUUUGUGGGUAAACCAACAGAGGAAUGGUCUGAGCUAUACAAAUCUAUUGGUUUUGGCCUUAAAGAUAAGGAGGAAGCAGAAAGUACUAAGAGAAUAGUGUCUUUUAGCUACUAUGACCUGCCUUCACAUCUAAGGUCAUGCUUGGUUUAUCUUAGCGCAUUUCCAGAAGAUUGUGUAAUACCUAAAGAAGCAUUGAUUUGGAAGUGGAUAGCUGAAGGAUUUGUCCAUGAGAAACAAGGAAUACAGUUAUUUGAAAUUGGAGAGGGUUACUUCAAUGAUCUAAUAAAUAGAAGCAUGAUCGAAGCAGUAGAGAGUAGGCAUGAUGGAAACAUCUAUGGUUGCCGUGUUCAUGAUAUGGUGCUUGAUUUCAUCCGCUUGGUGUCAGAUGAAGAGAACUUUCUCACUAUAUCUGGUAGAGGAGAUGAUAAUAGUCAAAGAACACUGAACCAGAACAUUGUGCGUAGGUUGGCCCAUCAAAAUAGGGACAUGGGGCACACUCAUCAGGCUAACCAUGUGGACAUGCUGAAAGCAAGGUCAUUUAUCGGCUACGAGUGUGUGAUUGAGAAAAAGGUCCUACUCUCCGGCUUCAAAAUUCUACGUGUGCUAGCUAUAGAGAACUGCAAACCUAAGGGUGGAUCCCCUAUCCGUAUUGAGCAUCUGGGGCACUUACUUCACUUGAGGUAUCUUAGUCUACGAGGAACAAAGAUUGAUAAGGUCCCUAGAGAAAUAGGCACACUAAGGUUGUUGCAGACGCUGGACUUGACCAAAUCUUACAUUGUAGAAUUGCCAUCGAGCAUCAGCUUGCUCACACAGUUGAUGUGCCUUCGUGUCACAUUUGACCCUAAUGUGGAGGCGGGCAAAGAGGUUGCUUCAGUGGGGAAGCUGACAUCCCUAGAGGAGCUGCGCAUACGUUUCCGGGGUGAAAAGUGGUCUACGAGGCGGUUUGUAAAGGAUUUGAGCAGCCUGAGUGAACUCAGGGUGCUCUAUGCUAGUACCUACUACGAUAAGGAGAUCGAGAGAGAUCUUCUGGAGUUUCUCCCACAUCUCCCCAAGCUGCGGACCCUAGCAAUUAGUCAUUGCUUUGAUGGUAAUGGUAGCAAAAUUCCUACAGCCAAGUGGGAAACAGAGUUUGCCCUGCCACUGCAUCUCCGACAUUUGGCUGUCAAUGGCGUAGCUGCGUCGGUGGAGGAGCUAGCAGAAAUACGUUCCAAUGAAUUGGAUGUGGUGGAAUCUCUACGUGAUCAUGUGAACCACGACUACCUGAUAUCCUCCUGUUACCUGGGUGAUAAAUUUCCUACAGCCACAUGGGAAGGUGCAGGGUUUGCUCUCCCACGGCAUCUCCGAGAAUUGUAUAUAGUUAAAGUCAAAUUCUGCAAGCUACCAUCGUGGAUCAGUCCUUCGUGUCUUCCUAAUCUCUGCUACUUGGGCCUAUACCUGCACGCCAUGGAUGAGCAGGACCUGAAACUUCUUGGAAGGUUUCCAGAGCUUCAUUUUCUUCAACUGAUCUCGAGGUCCUCAGCCACAAUAAGCAAUGUAAGUGACAGUGAUGCUGGCUACUUCCAGAAACUAAGGUACUGCAGAAUGGGCGGCCUGUCCACCGUCUGGUUUCGUCCUGACAAGGAUGGCAGGAGCCUUUCGUUUCAUGUGUGGAAUGGAAAAGAUGACAUUGUUGCCGUGCCCUUUGGUUCUCGAAACAUGGGCAGCAUCCACAACAGAGGCACAGCAGCACCUUCCUUCAUGCCACAACUCCAAAUGCUGUCGUUUAUCGUCUAUGUGCGGGCCUUAAGAGACCGUUGUUGUAGUGACAACUUCGGCCUAGAACACCUUCCUUUGCUUCGUGAAAUCGAGGUUGAAAUCUUGUGCACUUCUGCCUCUGCUGCGGAGGUGGUUCAAGUGGAGACGGCACUGAGGCACGCAGCCAAUGUCCAUCCCAACCGUCCUGUACUUGUCAUCUCCAAAUUCGACACAGGAAACAUGAUCCCACAACAAGAGGAAGAGGUACACUCCUAG